AUGUGCCAAGAGAAACUCUCUCCUAAGGUCAACAGUUUCUGGCACAUGGGGGCCUACAAUAAUUCUAAACUGUGCAAUAUUUUAUUUGCUAAUGAGCUGAACUACAGGCUGUCUCCUCAUGGCAUUGUGGCCAACUCUGUCCAUCCUGGCAACAUGAUGAGCUCUAGUAUCACUCGCUACUGGUGGUUCUAUAGGCUGAUUUUUACCCUAGUCAGGCCAUUUACAAAGUCCAUGCAACAAGGGGCAGCGACCACUGUGUACUGUGCUGUGGCAGAAGAACUGAACAACGUGGGAGGUCUUUACUUUAAUAACUGCUGUCAAUGUCAGCCCUCCAAACAGGCAGACAGUAAAAUCCUGGCCGUUUCCUUGUGGACACUAAGUGAGCAGAUAUUGAACAAAAAGUUGAAGCUGGCUAAACCAAGGGUCAAAGAAGCACUCUGA